AUGGAGCGACGCGCGCCCUUGCCAGUCGAUGUGGAGACUGUCGACACGUCGUCGACCCUAGAGGAGAUUCUCUACGUCGUGCUCUUCUCCGGGACGCAAGGUAACGUUUACGAUGUGGACGAUCCUUUCUAUGUUGUUAAUCUGGGAACGAUUAUUGGACAGUUUUUGAGGUGCCUGCUGCCACGGGUCACUCCGUUUUAUGCCGUCAAAUGUAACUACGACCCGGUGAUCUUGAGGCUGCUUGCUUCGUUGGGAUUAGGAUUCGACUGCACAAGCAAGACCGAAAUCAAGAGUGUCUUGGAUAUUGGAAUCGAACCGGAGAGGAUUGUGUAUGCUAAUCCUUGCAAGCAAGUGUCACAUUUGAGAUAUGCUGCCCAGCAACGUGUCUCUCUCAUGACAUUCGACAAUGAGUACGAACUACACAAAGUCAAAGCCAAUUAUCCGUCUGCCAAGUUGGUGCUGCAUGUCAAAGUCGACGACUCGAAGUUGAUCUGCCAGUUAAACAUCAAAUUUGGUGCAAACCCCAAAGACGCGCCAAGUCUGUUGAAGACAGCCAAAGAACUCGGACUGGAUGUCGUCGGCGUGAGCUUUCAUGUCGGUUCUGGCUGUUGCGAUGUAAAUGCAUUCUCCCAAGCCGUACAGAUUGCCAGGAACGUCUUCGAUGACGCAAUUGCUGCAGGCUUUAAGCCUUCGAUUUUAGAUGUCGGUGGUGGAUUUCCGGGUACUUCGGAUGCUGGUGUAUUGUUUGAAGAGGUGGCAGUCGAGCUCGAUCGUGCCUUGAACCAACAUUUUCCCACAGGGUGUGGAAUAGAAAUCAUCGCUGAACCGGGUCGUUUCUUUGCUGCUGCAAGUCACACUCUUGUCACUAACGUGUGUAGCAAGCGGGCGAGCGGCACAUUGUGCUCUGAUGUUGGGGAUGGGGUGAUCACAAGGCAGCAGUCGGAGUUUGCAGGAAAACAGAUUGACUCAAAGAAGGGGUUCAUGUAUUAUCUCAAUGAAGGAGUCUACAGUGCGUUCAAAUGCGUCGUGUUUGAGCAUGUUGAGUAUCAUAAACCAAAGACUCUCAAGAGGAUGGUCCACUGUAUCCAUCGAGUCUGUGGUGACAGCAUGGAUAGGAUCAAGGAGCAUUGUGAAUUACCGGAACUCGACGUUGGCGAGUGGCUAUACUUUGAAGAGAUGGGAGCAUACACCAAGUCUGCUGCUUCCACGUUUAACGGCUAUAGCAAGGCACACAGUUACUACAUCAUUACCAAAGAAUUAAAAUCAGAAAUGCAGCUGCUGUUGAACAAAAUCGUUGACACUGAACUGACUUCAGUUGUGGAACAGCCACGUGUGAUGCAGUCUCUGUCUUUCUCUGCGACGGCCCAUAAAACUUUAAGUUGUGAAGUUGCUUGAUUCUAUCAGCAGCUAGUGAUAGUGGAACGGUGGAUGCUAGGCAAGUAGUUAUGCUUGUAGUUGCACUGGUGGGGUAACGAGAGUCGAGGUGUAUUAGCAAGUUAUGAUGCAACGAGAUUUGUUGUUGAAGAAACAAUUGGUAAUAUGGAGAGAUGGAUGGUAGAUUGAAGGGAGAGGAUAGUCGUGUGAGAAUAGAGAAAUGAAGCACGAGUUGGAGUGCCUGUUGUGAUCGUGUAGGUAGGAAACCGGGUAUAUGGUGCAUGAUGGUCAUGGCAUGUGCAGUGAUGCAUUUGAAAUCGACUUAUGACUCUGAGUGU